GCAGCGGAUCCGAGCAUGCCCCCACACCGCUCGGCGCUGGCCCAUAAGAGGCGCCCCUCCCGCGCCGGCGUCCUCGCCAUUGCCACUGCUUGUCGCCGAGCAGAGCGCGCCGUGGGAAGCAGAGCGAGCGAGGGAGGGAGAGAGAUGCCAAUGGAGAGGUCGGUGUCGUGCGCGGAGAGGGGCAGCAUGUACGGCGGCGCGGCGGGGGCGGACAUCCGGAGCUACAGCGCCUCCUACGCGCGGCCGGCGCCGGCGUCGAGGGUGCAGCGCGCCCGGAGCGUGAGCUCGUGGACGCGCCCGGCGCCGCCGCUGCACGUGCAGCGGAGCGGGAGCACCAAGAGCGUUGCCGCCGGGCGCCCUGCCCCGGGGCUGAACCUGCGGUCGUACAGCGCGUCCUACGCGGCCUCCUACGGGCCCACCGCCGCGGCCGACGGCGGCGCCGGCUCCGGCGGGCAGCUGAAGCGCUCCGGCAGCGUCACCAACUGGUCCUCCGCCAACCGCAGGUCCGUGAACCUGCGGGGGUACACCCCGUCCUUCGCCGCGCUGGACGACACCGCCGCCGCCCCGGCCGCGGUCCCGGCGGCCAAGAAGGCAGCGGCGGCGGCGCUGGACGACGCCGAGCUGCAGCGAAGGAAGCGGCUGGUGGUGUACAAGACGUACGACGUGGAGGGCAAGGUCCGGGAGUCGGUGCGCCGCGGCGUCAGCUGGAUCAAGGGCAAGUGCUCCCGCGCGGUGUACGGCUGGUGGUGAUCGGUCGAUCGCUCCGUCGUCCUCCACCCGGGCGAUCUCUCACCACGCCGCCGCGCCAUGCCUGACGAUCUCCUGGUCCUGGUACGAGUGUGAGAUCGAUCAUGCGGUUCAGAGUGUACUGCUACCUAUGAGUUGAGCGUUUCUUGGUGGAUGCUGUCAUCGUCCAGAGACACUUUCCUACUUGAUAUCUUUUUGUUCGUGGAGCUAGGAUUUGAUUUGAUUUUUUAGGAGUUCGAUUUGGUGGCAUGUAGCAUGAGCAGUGGAGCUUCUCUUGGUGAUUUGACUUGGUUGUUGGGAUGACAGAUUCCAAUUCUAGGAGAAUGCUACAGCAGGUGUCCUUCCUGUACAGAUAUCAUCUUUCCAGUGUACUUACUAGUAGUAUCUGGUUCAUGUAACUUAGAUACUAUACAUGUAUAGAAUAAGAUUUUGUAAAUUACUACCGCUACAGUCACAACUUACAACACUUCUUCUUCUGCUUC